AUGAACAGCGGUGGGAUCCUCAUCCCGGGACGACCCGACGGGCCCGGACACGGCGCCCAGGCAGCGGCUGAUGGGGACGUGCACAGGCACCUCUACCUGCAGGGCGUCCUCACCAGCCUGGAGGAGGUGGCCGAGAGACCCAAGGUGUCCGAGUUCAGCUGCCACAUCUCCGGGUGCAGCCAGGUGUUUGACACGCUGGAGAGCUAUGAGCACCACUACAACACCCUGCACAGGAACGUCUGCUCCUUCUGCAAGCGCUCCUUUCCCUCUGGGAAUCUCUUGGAUAUCCACAUCUUGGAGUGGCACGACUCCCUCUUCCAGAUAAUGGCCGAGAAGCAAAAUAUGUACCAGUGUCUGGUGGAAGGCUGCACGGAGAAGUUCAAGAGCAGCAAGGACAGGAAGGAUCACCUGGUGACCGUGCACCUUUACCCUGUUGACUUUCGGUUUGACAGGCCCAAGAAGGUGAAAUGUGGCUCCAAGCACACGAGCUCUCCCGUGGAGCAGGGUGCCAGCGUGCCCAUGGAUGUGAGUGUGGAGAUGGCAGAGCAAUUCCAGGUGAAUCCCGUGGAAACAGGGCCUGAGGAGAACAUGGAGAUCUCUCAGCCUGCAGCCAGCCCUGGCCCCUCACUGCCAGAGAAACGGCUCUACAAAUCCAGGAUCCCACCCACAAUUUGCUUCGGACAAGGUGCCACCCGAGGAUUUAAAGGACCACGGAAGAAAGUCUGAAAGUCAGCGCAGCAGAUUUGUGCAAGAUGAGCAGGCAUGGAGCCAGUGCCACCAGGGAUAUUUCCAGUUCCCACUCCAUGGAAUAAACCACCCAAACCAAUUGAAGCUCUGCCAGAAUUUGGGCACGAGUUCCUGAUGUCAAACAGAACUGGCAUCACCUGACUGAGUUAAAAAUCCUCAAGAUUUUAGGAAGGGGAACCCAGAACCUGUGGCGAGGUGUUAAGAAAACUGUCCUGCAGCUGAGGCUGCACAGGAUUGGGUGUUUUAUUUUUUGCCUCUUGGGGGUAUAAAAUGGAUUCAAGAAGUUACAAGAUGACAACAUGACUGUAUGGAAGCUGGAGUCACUGAGAAAAGAAAAUGGGAGGAAAAAAAAAACCACUGGUCCUUUGUUCUUACAUUCUUCAUCUCGCUGAAGUCUUUUCUGCACCCCAGCACCUGCUCUGAAAGGUUUGUCUGGGCCAGGAGAAGCAUUUUCACAGGGAGUUAAAAUAAAGUGACUUCCAACCAGGUGAAUAAAUAAAAGGAAUUUUUACAAAAUUGCUUCAUAGAGAAUUUAAGUGCUGUUUUGAAGCCCAGGCAGAGUCAGACGUGUGGAAUGAACCUCCCUCACUUUGCUGCAAGUGCUGCCAAAAUCAAGUUGGGAUUCCCUGUUGUCUUUCCCUUCCUUUGUAAUCUCAUCCUCCUGGAAAAAAACUGGAAUCAGAGGCACUGGUCUUGGGGUCCUGGUGAAUCUUGGCACUCAAAAAUUGUGCAUAAGAGGAAAAAAUGAGGUUUCUGGAACAAUGUUUAUCCAAGAAGCUUAGGAUCUAUAAUUGCAUUUUUUUCCCUUCCCCCUCUCUGCGAGGAAUAGAUCAAAGGGGCUUUGAAAAAUCCUUGCAAAUGGGAGCAGGGAAUGAUGUUUAUGGAGAUGUAGGAGAUUUCCCAGUGAGUUUUAAAAAGCUUCACUCUGUUUAAAACUCAUCUGGCUUGUCCAGCCCUAAUCCCUGCUCCGUGGGCUCUGGAGAGUGCUGUCUCCAGCAGGCAACUGCCACACAGCUGCCCAGGGACAUCUCUCAGCAGGGACCAAAAAUCACUUCCCAGCACUAAAGCCCCAAAUGAGGCUUUUUCCCCACACUGGGAUAUCGGGGAAUGGGAAGCAGGCCCCAUGCUACAGGAGAUGCCUGCAGGCUUUGGUACAAAGGUCAGGCAGGAGCCCAGUCUGCUCUUAUGUGCUCAGGUGCACCUGACCUGGGAAUUCCUUUUUCCCCAGAGUCCAGGGUCCCUGAGUGCCCUUGCUGUUGAGAAACAAACUGAAGUUGCAGUUCCAGCCUCAGGGCUCCUGACUGGCUCUCUUCAACAAAGUAUUUCCCAGCUGGCCAGCGGCUGUCAAAAAUCCUUAUUUCAAGCCAAAACUUGGAUUUCCCAUCUCUCCAGAGAUUGUGCACUGGCAGGAGGACACGGACCUGCCUGCCCUGGAGAGUCCAGGGGUGCAAUCUCCCUGAGCAGCAGGACCUGGAUCCACCCAGGGCCACGGGGCGGGCAAAGUGCGAGGUGGGUGUGGCAGCAGGCAGCCAGGGACAGGUACCUACAGUCUCUGCCAGCCCCGGUGGGCACAGGGACAGGCUGUGGGCCAGCACCAGCCACACGGCUCGUGCCACAUCUCUGCCAUCUCUCUCUUCUCCACCCGAGGGCCAUGGGGCUCUGCGGUGUGACCGUCCUGCUGGGCGCUGCCCUCCUCCUGCUGGCACCCGGCGGCACCCAGGCUCUGAGCAGCUCCUGGUGGAAGGACCUGGCCCCGGAGCAGGAUUUGGCUGAGGAAAUCAUUCUGGGUGUAGGAACCACUGAGGAUGGUGAACCAGGUAUAAAGGUCUUCUCCAGCAGUGCCUGGGCUCACAGGGGCUCAGCCCAAGUCCAGGCAAGACCAGAAAGGGAUCGUGACCGCCUCCAGCACGCCCAAGGUGAUGCCAGGGAGGCCAACGCCCCUGUGCCGUUCUGGAUGCUGGCCCUGGAGGUGCAGAAUGGCCCGGAGGAGGAUCGUGACCACCUCUACCACCCCUACCAGCCCCAGGAUGAUGCCAGGGAGGCUGACACCUACAGGCCAGCCCGGAUGCUGUCCCUGAAGGUGCAGAAUGGCCCAGAGGAGGAUCGUGACCACGUCUACCACAGCUGAGUGGAGAUGUGCCCGGGAAAUGAGGGGUGGGAGCCACCCCUGGGGCUUCUUGGUAAAAUUUGCCUCUUCCUACCCAGCCUUGAGCCUCACCAAUAAACCCACUACUCCCCUCUCUACGUCCUGGUGGGAUCCUCAUUACUGCCAGAAACCCACUGCUAAUUGCAGGGCCUCCAAACCUGCAGGAACUCCCUCAGGAUUACCCAAGCUGCCAGGCAGGGCAAGGACAAUGCCCUGGGACAGGAGACUCAGCCCCAGGUAAGGCUGAGGCCAGGCAAACUCAGCACAUCGGUGCUGUG